AUGGCGACAGAUACCCACGACAUGUCUUCUACUGACAACCAGGAGCUAGUAUCCAUCACUUUCAUAUACCAUGGAGUGUCGCAUACAUACUCCUUCCCCUCGGACGCCACAAUCCUCGACCUCUCCGACGAAAUCGCGGACGAGCUCUCAAUACCCGCCUCCAACCAAAAACUCAUGGUCGCCAAACUCGGCCUGUUGAAACCGCCGUUCAAAGACCCGGCGCUCUUGCUCUCCACCGUCGCAGACAAGAAGAUCAAUCUGCUAGGUAGCACCAUCGCAGAAGCAUCCUCCAUAUCGCAAGCCCAAGAGGAGGCCUCACGAAGAGUCAACAGACGAGGCGCGAGACCAGCGCAGAAGGUCAAGGCAUACAAGACUCAUGACUGGAAGAGAGAGAAAGAAGAGAGCCAGUACACAUUCUUGACGCUGCGGCCAUUACCGUACCUGCCGAACCCGGAUAAGUCGCACACGUUUCUGCAGCGCCUGAAGGAUGAUGUGGGAAUCAAGGCAUCGAUGCGCAAGCACAAGUUUACCGUGCCGCUUCUCACGGAGAUGAAUCCCAUCGAGCACACGGAAUCAAACCACGAAGGCACUACACGCACCCUCGGUCUGAAUCGAAAUGCUGGAGAAGUUAUCGAGCUGCGUCUGCGAACGGAUGCGUAUGACGGAUACAGAGACUACAACACGAUCCGCAAGACGCUUUGCCACGAGUUGGCGCAUAACGUGCACGGUAACCAUGACCGCGCUUUCUGGGACCUGUGCAGGCAGAUUGAGAAAGAGGUCUAUGCGGCGGAUUAUCACAAGAGUGGACACACGAUUGGAGACUCUUACGGGGGCGCUUAUGACGACGAGGAAGAGGUUGAUGAUCACGGAGCGUGGACGGGAGGAGAGUUUGUGCUUGGAGCGAGCCCGGGUGUGAAUGCGGAGAGCAGUGGGCAGAAUCCUUUGCAUGCGAUGAGUAGAAGAGAGGUUUUAGCGAAGGCGGCAGAGGAGAGGAUGAGGAGGCUGAGGGAGCAGCAGGGAGGUGAGAAUUCUGGGUGA